AUGUUGACCUUCAGGAGAGCUUUGGUAGCUGCGGCCUUCUUCCUUACUAUGCUAUUUCUCGUCACACGAAACCACAACUCACCUACAGCAAACGAUUUAUUAUUACAGGAUACGAGCAUACCAAAAUCAGGGGAGAAGGAUGGAGAAGAUUUGAGAACAAAGCCAGGCUCAUCGAUCUCGACGAAUGCGGUUCCACCUACACCAAAGAAGAAGUCUCAAGGAUCUCAAACAUUACUACAAGAUUUAUCAAGAGCACCAUUACGAGACAAGCUCGCAUAUCAAUUUCCAUACGACGUAGAGACUAAGUUCCCAGCAUACAUUUGGCAGACAUGGAAAUACACACCAGCAUCUGGAGAUUUUGGGGAGAACUUUCGCCCUGCGGAAGCAAGCUGGUCAGAAAAACAUCCUGGAUUCGUGCAUGAGGUUAUCACCGAUCAAGUCGCAGUUCAUCUAUUGAAGCAUUUAUAUGCUUCUGUGCCAGAAGUUCUAGAGGCUUACCAUUCGUUACCUAUGCCGGUUUUGAAAGCCGAUUUCUUUCGUUACCUGAUUCUGCUGGCCAGGGGUGGAAUUUACUCCGAUAUCGAUACCCAUGCCUUGCGACCUGCUUCAGAAUGGCUUCCUGAGAGUGUGCCACGCGAAGCUAUUGGGUUAGUAGUUGGUAUUGAGGCAGAUCCAGACCGUCCAGAUUGGGCACAAUGGUACUCGCGAAGGAUUCAGUUCUGUCAAUGGACAAUCCAAUCGAAACCAGGUCAUCCUGUUCUCCGCGAAAUAGUUGCCAAUAUCACCCAACAGACUCUAGAAAAGAAGAAGAGUGGAACUCUGAUGAACUUCAAGAAUAAAGACGUUGUAGAAUUUACCGGUCCGGCUUUGUGGACAGAUACUAUUUUCGACUUCUUAAAUGACGAGAGAUAUUUCGAUAUGACUACAAGCAAGGGAAAUAUUACAUGGAGAGAAUUCACUGGUAUUGAAUCGGCAAAGAAGGUCGGUGAUGUGGUUGUUUUACCUAUUACGAGUUUCAGUCCUGGAGUGCAGCAAAUGGGCGCAAAGGAUUAUGACGAUCCCAUGGCAUUUGUGAAGCAUGAAUUCGAAGGAACCUGGAAACCCGAGAAUGAACGACAUGUUGGGGAAACUACAUGA